UCAAAAGCAGCGUCGUGUCUGCUCCGGUCUCGCGGACCGAAGAGAUGUUUCCGUGAAUAUAAUGAGCUGCUGAGAGACGAACGGUGUGCGCGAGGCUGGUGGUGUUUGGGAGGGAGGGGGGAGGGGGGGUGUUGAGGACACGCGCGCGCUGGGAUUGCUGCAGAGAAUGCUGGCCGAGGGGACAACCAACUACCGGCCCGUUAAUGUCCACUGUAUCCACGGAGAGAAGAAAGAGAGAGGGAGCGAGGGAGAGGGAGAGCACGCGCUUCUCGUAGCCUCGUGAUGGGGAAUAUUUGAGGAUUUUGUGUGUCAUUGCGGAUUGGACCGAGCCGUGGUGUCCGGGUGCAUCCGCUCUGUGCGUGCGUGCGUGCAUGCGUGUGUCAUGGGCUGAACCGAGCCAAGCAAGCGGGAUCGAAGAAAGCAAAUUAGCACCUGUUAACAGAAUAGCAGGAAGGCCCAAAAACAUGUGAAAGUUCACCGUCAGCCUAGCCUAAGGACCAGCACAUUAUGUGAGUCCCCACACGCCACGUUAUGCCUAAUGGAUUAAUAUUCGUGCUCACCGUGUUGUGGAUCUUUCUGUGGAGUGUAUUGUCCCUGACAUUGGCACAUGGAUUUCAAGACCUCAAAAGAAGAGACAAAGACAGGGAUUUAUCUGCUGCAAGAUGGUAACGAAGAGCCCUUCAAUAUCCGACUGCACUUGUCCAAAGACAUUCUAACCAUUCAAGAGCAAGACGUUAUUUGCGUUUCUGGGGAACCGUUCUACUCGAGUGAAAGGACCGUAACGAUACGACGGCAGACAAUUGGAGGAUUUGGUUUAAGUAUAAAGGGUGGCGCGGAACACAAGAUCCCGAUUGUGAUUUCGAAAAUAUCGAAAGAGCAGAGGGCCGAGCUCUCUGGUCUUCUGUUCAUAGGAGAUGGGAUUCUCCAGAUAAAUGGGAUAAAUGUCAGAAGCUAUCGCCAUGAAGAAGUUGUUCAGGUUCUACGGAAUGCUGGGGAAGAAGUAACCCUGACCGUGUCUUUCCUGAAAAGGACGCCCGCCUUUUUAAAGCUGCCGCUCUGUGAAGACUGCACAUGUGUACCAAGUGACCAGAGCAGUGGGACAUCGUCUCCACUGUGCGACAGUGGCCUACAUCUGAACUAUCACCCUAACAAUACGGACACGUUGUCUUGCUCGUCUUGGCCUAUGUCUCCAGCGCUACGUUGGGAGAAGCGAUGGGUGGACCUACGCCUUAUCCCGCUCCUCCACGCUCGUCUCUCACAGUACAUCCCCGGCUCUGAUAUCUGCAGGCAAAAUGCGUUUCAGGUCAUCGCAGUGGAUGGGGUUUGCAGCGGGAUAAUUCAGUGUCCUAGUGCAGAAGAGUGCACCGACUGGCUUCAAGCAAUAGCGUCCAAUAUAUCUGCUCUCACGAAGCACAAUGUGAAGAAGAUUAACAGAAACUUUCCUGUAAAUCAGCAGAUUAUUUACAUGGGCUGGGUGGAUGAGAAGGAGCAGGACUCUGUUCAGGACCGCAUGUACACUCCAAAGUUCCUGGCGUUAAGAGGCUCAUCUCUUUUCAAAUUCUCAGCACCUCCAGUAACGACCUGGGACUGGACCAGAGCUGAACAAAGCUUUACUGUCUAUGAGAUCAUGUCCAAGAUCCUUAAGGACAGCGAGCUGCUGGACAAGCGACGGCAGUGUUUCAGCGUGCAGAUGGAUACGGGCGAGGACACCGUGUUCAGUGUGGAGCUGGAGAGUGAUCUCGGGCUCUGGGAGAAGGCUUUUCAGAUGGCCACCUUUCUCGAAGUGGAAAGAAUACAGAGUAAAACGUACGCCUGCAUCACAGAGAGCCACCUGAUGGGGCUUACCAUAGACUUCAGCAUGGGCUUCGUCUGCUUUGACGCAGCAUCGAAGGUUGUGCUGUGGCGGUACAAAUUCUCCCAGCUGAAAGGAUCCUCGGAUGACGGCAAGAGCAAAAUCAAGUUUCUCUUCCAGAACCCAGACACGAAGCUCAUCGAGGCGAAGGAGCUGGAAUUCUCCAACCUUUUCGCUGUUCUGCACUGCAUCCAUGCGUUUUUCGCUGCCAAAGUGGCAUGUCUGGAUCCAAUGUUUGUGGGCAGUCCGAAUUCCGCGGCAGCUACGGCGGCACCCACGCUGACCUCAGUCACCUCUCUGGGCCAAGCUGCCAGGUUGAAGUACUUGAGUUGAACGACUCUUGACAUUUUCAGCUCCGGAUUUAAAAACGGGACAGCCUGCGACGGAGGCAGAAGAAUUUUAGAAGCCGUGACUCAUUUCCUUAUUGGACUACAUUAAAAAAAAGCCUGCUUAUAUUGGGCCAAAGACUGAAAUAAGUCAGAUUAUAUUUUGAAUAUGGAGUGCCGGUGUGUAUGUGUAUGUUCGGUUGGCAUUUCCUAACCGCGUGUGCUUUUAAAACUUUCUUUCAACCCCUUUGAACUAGUUUUUGAAUACUAGGUGCCAUCAAAUAUACUCGGUGAUAAAACGAUUAUUUUGAUUAAUUGAUCACUUUACAGUGCUGUGCGUAAGUAUUCACCCCCUUGAACCUGCCCACAUUUUGUAGCAGGAUCUGUAAUGGACCUAGAAGGUGCAAAUUAUUAUUAUUUUUUUGCUCAAUUAAACAGAGAAAGCAAACAUUUGUUAGUUGGAUAAAUAUUCACCCCUGUCUUUAUCAGCUUUGCGGAUCUGCCCAUUCUUCUUGGCAAAAAUUGCUUUUGAUUUAAAAAAAAUAAAGAAGCCUCUCAACACAAUGCUACCACCACCAUGCUUCUCUGUGGGGGGUGGUGUUCUCAGGGUGAUGAGCAGUGUUUCGUUUUUGACAAUUUUAUACUAAAAUCACGUGGCACUUUAUUCGCACAAAGGCGGACUCCAUUCGACUAAUUAUGUGACUUCUGAUGGCAACUGAUCGUACCGGAACUACAAACCAAAAUCCAAAAAAGUUGGGACACUGUGUAAAAUGUCAAUAAAAAAAAUCCUCAUAAGCCCGUAUGUUAUUCACAAUAGAACGUAGAAAACAUAUCAAAUGUUUAAAUUUUAAGAAAAAAAAAUCAAUACUGAAAGAUAUAUACCGGUUUUAGAGCAACAUAUGCUUCCAUCCAGAUUCCAGAGCCCUUAUCCAGAGCGGCUUACGUUUCUCUAAUUUAUACAACUGAACAUUUGAGGGUUAAGGACCUUGCUCAAGGGUCCAGCAGUGGCAGCGCUAGGAUUUGAACUCACGAACUUCCAAUCUACUACUGCGCUACAUCUGACCCAAGAUUCUAUCUCAUCUUUACUUUACUCAAUCAUGUUACUGACCUCUUGCCAAUUAACCUAAUUAGUUGCAAAAUCUUCCUCCAACGGCUUCUUUUUUUUUUUUUUUACCAACACUUACUUUUCCAGCCGUUUGUUUCCCUGUCCCAACUUUUUUGAGACGUGUUGCGACCAUCACUUCCAAAAUUACCUUAUUUCUCCCUUAAAACUUUACGUUUCCUCAGUUUAUACAUUUUGAUAUGAUUUCCAUGUUCUAUUGUGAGUAACCUGGGUUUACGGGAUUAGCAAAAUCAUUGCGUUCUGGUUUUUUUUUUCUACAUUUUACACAGCGUCCCAACUUUUUUGGAAUUGGGGUCGUAAUUUAAGGGUGAAUAAUUUUUGCAGUCAUGACUUGUAUGGUUUUUAUUUAACUAUAUUAACUUUCCCCUCCAAGUCAGUAGUAUUAAACUUUUGUUCCAGAGGGCUCGAGACAGGUGAAUACUCACGCAAGGCACUGUAUUUUGCUUCGUGUAUUUACAAAGCGUAGUUUGUACACAAUCAUAUAAAGGCAGAAAGGAUUCAAAGGGACUCCUGAAUAAUAAUUUCCUAUCAAUCACCUGGAAUACAGACCGAGCAGAGUACUAUAACCCAAUGUACAAAGUCUCUACCCAAUUUUAUAAUAAUGCUCUGUACACACUGGUUCUUGUCCUUAUGAUUUGUCAUUUCGAGCAUGAUGCUAUCAUAAGAAGUAAACAAGAAUAUUAUAACAAGCAGAGUAUGUAGCGUAGCCCAAAGCAUUCGAUCUCAACACACGCGAUUCUCUGUGUAUUAGAUCUUUGUUUUUAGUUUGAGUACUCUGUUAGAUUGAAAAGCAGUAUGAGUAAACGUACAGUAGUGUAGCGUGAGAUUAAAACGGCGCUUUUUGUUUUGUUGUAUUUCACUACUUUGGGUUUGCUGUUUCUUUCUCUAGUGAGAUGCUUAAAAAAAAAAAAAAAACACAACAACAA